UUAACAUAUCAAUGAGGUGAAAAAGGAACUAUGUGAAAAAGGGGAAAAAAAAUCAUCACAGCUGUGAUGUCAUUACCACUAUAUAGCUAGUAACCCAUGGCAUGUCAAAGGAAUUUAAAGCAGUUGGUUACAAGACAACAGCAUCUACUGGGAAACACACGGGCCAGUGAGAAACAGCAAGCUCUGCAAUAUUAAUACUGAGAGAACAUAGAGACGAUGUCUCUAACACCAGUCAUCCUUUUCAUGGCCUUAUUCGUUAAUCCUCUGGAAGGAACAUGGAAGUACAAUUUCAUAAAAGAAAAGACUUCUGUUGUAGAGGUUUGCAAUAGAACAACAGUGGAAAUUGUGGAAUUUGAAUGUAACAUAUCCACUGAUGAAGAUGUCUACUGGGAACUUCACGGUGGUAUAACAAAAGGUCGCAAGUUAAAAGUUGAAGGUAUUGGAAAUGCAGAUGGAGGAAACUAUACAUGUCACCUAAUGAAUGGAGAUAUUGUUGACUACAGAGUUAUUUUACUGAGGAAUGUUUGUAUACCUAGAAAUCAAGAAGAAUCAGAUCUUGAUAUACAAUGUGAAGCAAAAAACUGCAGUGGACAAUUUAACUGCUUUUGGGCUGCACCAAAGAUGAAGAUUACAAAAUAUUUCGCUGAGGCUGACAGAAGUGGCAGUCCCAUCAAUUGUAACGCUCCAGUCUCAAAUAGUUCUCAUAUUGUAGUAAGCUGCCAGGACUUGGAAACCUGUGCCUACGGUGAAGAGGACAGUAACAUAGAUUUCACAGUACAUGAAAUUUACCAAAAUAACUAUGAGAAACAUUCCACCUCCUUCAUGCUGCGGGAUAUCACAAAGCCAGACCCACCCCAGGAACUACAUAGUUUAGAUGGCUCCUUAAAGUGGAAAUAUCCAAACACCUGGUGCAACUUUCAUUCCUUCUUCCCAUUAAUAUUUAAUGUCCACGUAAAAAGCAAAGGAUGGUCUGAGCAUCAUAAUGACAUCAAGAGUACUAAACUCAAACUGUCUAAAAAAGGAAAGUUUAGUUUCUGCGUCCAGGCAAGAGACAUGUUUUACAAUUCAUCAUGGAGUGACUGGACAUGUUCCAAGUAG